AUGUUAACACGAAACAGAACAGACUCAAAUUCUUCGGAUCUUUCAACAGGAAGCUAUGACAGCGGAUCAGCAGGCAGUGGAAAGGAAAAUCUCUUCAAACAAAUGUAUGCUCAACGUGAUUCCAUUUCUUUAAAAUCUGGCAAAUUAGUAAAACAAGGUAAAACAGUGAAAAAUUGGAAGGAACGUUUUUUCAUGUUGAGAAGAGAUGGACUCUACUAUCAUGAAUUGACUACAAAGGGACAAGCAGGAAAGCUGAAAGGUAAAAUUUCAUUUAAGGAAAUCAAGGGAAAUCCAACUUGUAUUCAGAAAGUAACGGUUACUGUUAAAAACAAACAGAGAUCAGCAAUUUCUAUUGAACUUCCUGAACGUGUGUAUUUUGUCUAUUCUGAAUCUGAAAUUGAAUUCAACGAUUGGUACAAAUCAAUAAUUCAGGUCUUGUCAAUGAAGGAUGAAGAACCAGCAUCAAGAUUGACUCCACGUACAGGAACACCAAAUACUCCAACAAGUGGGACAAUUACACAAGAUAUUUUCAAUACAAAACCAGCAGCAUCACCAAGUGGUGGAAGUGGAACUUUUGGAACACCUCCAUUGAGAAGUUUUGAUUUGAAGAAAGCUUCACCAUCAUCAGCUUCACCUCUUGAUUAUGGUUCAUCACCAAUGGAUUUCAAACGUACUAAUAGUAAUUUAUCGGAUGUGACGACAAGUGAUGAUUCUGACACAAGCUCCUAUCAAAAAUCAUUACAUGGUGACUUGUUAUCGGAAUUUGAUGAAUUUGGUGCCGCAAGAAACAGUGAUGCAGAGAGUGUUGAUUUUGAACAGCAACCACAACAAAAUGUUGGACCAAUCUUGACUGAAGAUGAUGAGUACAAUAUUGCAAUGAGUGCUGUUGAAAUUUUCCUCAAGAAGGAAGAAGAACGAACACCACACGAGCAAGCAUACAUUAUUGCUCUCAAUGAUUACAGAAGAAGGUUGGAUGAACAUGCAAGGAGAGCGAAUGCUCGUCCAGAAUAUUCACUCGCUGUUGGAACUUGUAUAUUUUUAACACCAGAAAAGGAUAGAACUAUCUCAGAACAGGAAUAUGUUAAGGAUGUAUUGUCUGCUUUCUUUGAGGAUCAAAAAGAAUCUGAUAAGAGUAGAUUGCUACCUCUCAAGAUUCAAAUGGAUAUUGUAAAGGCAGCUAAAUUACUCAAAGAAAAACCAGAAAAUCAAAGAACAGAAGAAGAGAAGCAAUAUAUUUCAAGAGUUGAGGAAAUACAGAGACAACUCAAUAGAUUCUCUCUCAAGAAUGGUUUGAAAAUCAAUCACUCUCUUUCCACACUCCCUCUCCAAUUACUAACAACAGAGAAAACCAAAGAACCACCUCAACAUCCACUCUAUCACAAUUGUGCCAUUAGAGAAGCUGAUCCACAAGCUGCAGAUGAUGAAAAACCAAAUUUACUCUCCGUAGAAGAGAAUGAUUUCCUCCAGGUCUUUAUCGAUCAAAACAACCUUAAUUUCUAAGUGAAUGUUCCAAGAGAGAUCUGUAAUUUUAUAAUAAAACAAUUUGAUUCAAUUUCUACAA